CAUUUUGUAUUUAUAAAACACCCAAAAAUAAAACGUUUUAUUUCAAUCUGCUUUUUAACUAAAUCAACGAAUUUUCUUACAGGUGGUCGCAAUGUACAGAACAAGAAAUGUUACAUUCGCUUCAUCUUAGCAAGCCCCGCUGUAGCAAUAGGGACGGCAAUGGCUGCCUUCUAUGUGCCAGUGCUUGUUAUGAGUAUAUUAAGCUGGUAUAUCAACCGAGUGAAUGUUGAGCACCGAAAGUAUGCAAACACAUUUCGAAUACGAAAGUCAACUAAUGAGAAAAACAUCGGUCAAUAUUCUGUGAACAAAACUUUGAACGGUACUCGGAGUAGCGCCAUGUCUGAUCGAAUUAAAGAGAGAAAUACACAAGGGGUAAAGGUUUGGAAAAUGAGAAGAAAUCAAAACAAUACAUUAGAAGAAGACGAACACAACAAAGAGAAUGGUUCGAAAAUUCAACCGCCGUUAGCUGUGAUUAAAGUGGAGACCUCGUCUUUUGAUCAUUUAGGGCAAGAGCCCCACAAAGACGAGAUCACGAUCGAAAAAAGCAAAUCAAGUUUCCGGUUAUCGGAAACUACCGCAAGUUUGUUAAAUGCAACUCGACAGAACGUUCGCAACAUGUCAGCUCGAGAGAACAAAGCAGCAAGAAUGCUUUUAUGUAUUAUGGUGGUGUUUAUUAUAACAUGGGCACCUUAUAAUAUUCUGGUUGUUAUUUCCACUGUAUGCGGGGAAGAUGGUUGCGUGAACGAUAUCUUGUGGAAGUUGAGUUACUGGCUCUGUUAUCUCAACUCCACCAUAAACCCAGCAUGCUAUGCAAUGUGUAGCCCCGAAUUCAGAAGGACAUUUCACCGAUUGCUACGUUGCCAAAGAUCAAAUGAUUUAUUUCGCACUAAAACCAGUUUGAAGCCUUUUGCAAGGGCAGCGGCAUUAUCUGUCGGUGAAAACCUAACAACUGUCCAAUAA